AGUUUGGGCUAGGAUUAUUGUAGUCCCAAACUACUCUCUGUCCAUCCACCCAUUCCUGGACGUUCUAAGGCAAAGUUAUUUGAAGAGAGAGAGUUCAGCAUUCCCACCUUCUAAACGGAUUAGCCUGCUUCCCAAAUUGUAUCAACCCUCCUACCUCUCCAGCUCAUGUCAACCUGAUUACUUUUAAAAUGUUAUAUUUUAAGCCCAGAAGCCUGUUUUUUGGAGGGCUGUUACAUGUUUUGUUCUGCUUGUUGCCUAACCCAGGGAACUUCAUAAAAGUCAGUCAGUUCUUCCCUUACGGACCUGAUGUUGGUGACCUUCUUUUAACUCCUGGAGAUGAUUCUCAAUCGGAACCUUUACGACCCAAUCCAGCGCUUCAUUUCUAUGACGAAACAAUCUCUACCCUAUUCGUAACAACUAAUGGGAUGAUUGCAGCAAGCAAUCCGCCACCAGAAAGCGAUUAUCUUGAGCAGUUCCCUCCAGAUUUUGGUCUGAUUGCCCCUUUUCUGUCAGACAUUGAUACCACACAAGGUGGAAAUGUGUUUUACAGAGAAGACACGUCACAAGACGUCUUACAUUUGGCAUCUAAACACAUUAUUAGAGGGUUUCCAGGAAGUUCCUUUAAGCCAACUACUGCUCUUGUUGUCACUUGGGAAGAUGUGUUACCCUACUACUCUCAGCGAGGGGAUACUAUUCCAAAAAACAAGGGAAACACUUUUCAGGCUGUUUUAGCAUCAGAUGAGUCAAAAUCCUAUGCUAUUUUCCUCUACCCAGAGGAUGGCUUAAACUUUUAUGAGACACAAUCAAAGAAUGAUCGCAAUGAGGAAAACUCAGCCAGAGUUGGAUUUAGUAAAGGGUCAGAAAGAGGGUUUUUCUGGACGACGACUCAAGGACCGCAUAAUGAGUUUGCCAGUGAUUAUGAUUCCCUGGAAAUAUUAUGCUGGAAAACCAAUUCAGGUAUGCAGGGAGUCUGGAUUUAUGAAAUUGGAGCUCCAAAUCUCAGAUCUGUUGUGGCUGCUGAUGUACAGCUCUCUGCUACUCUUGAUGAAAAAGAACAAGAGGAAAACCAUUUUGAAGAGACAGAAGAUUUUACUGACCAUUAUGUAACUGAACCAGAUUAUGAAAAUAAUUCACUAAAACCUAGCAUUCCGGGUCCUACUUCAAUUUCUGUUGACCCCUAUCAAGGCCAGAAGGACGUUAUUUUGGGAAAUGUGAAUUUUCAAGUUCCAUCUUUUCCACAAAAUAACCCACAAGUUGUGAUUGUUGAUGAUGAACUAGAGGACACUGGAGUAGUGUUCCAGUAUAAUACAGGAAGUCAGCAGACCUGUGCUAACAAUCGCCAUCAGUGCUCCAGUCAGGCAUUUUGCAAAGAUUUUUCAACUGGAUUUUGUUGUAGUUGCAUUCCUGGCUAUUAUGGUAAUGGAAGGCAGUGUGUGGCAGAAGGAUCGCCUCAAAGAGUGAAUGGCAAAGUCAAAGGAAAGAUUUACGUGGGAAGUAAUCCUGUUCCAGUGGUGUUUGAGGGCAUUGACCUUCACUCAUAUGUUGUGGUUAAUGAUGGACGAGCUUAUACAGCUAUUAGCACAAUUGCUGAUUCUUUGGGGUACUCUUUGCUUCCAUUAGCAUCGAUUGGUGGAAUUAUUGGAUGGAUGUUUUCUGUGCAGCAACCAGGAUAUAAGAAUGGUUUCAGCAUUACAGGUGGAGAAUUCACACGAAGAGCAGAGGUUACUUUCUUGCAGAGCAAUAAGAAGCUAGUAAUCCUGCAGAAGUUCAGUGGCAUUGAUGAACAUGGUCAUCUCACCAUCAGUACUGAGCUUGAAGGCAGUGUACCGGAGAUACCAUAUGGAUCCACAGUCCACAUUGAGCCUUACACAGAAUUAUAUCAGACAUCUAGUUCUGUUAUUACAUCAACAUCUACCAGAGAGUACACUGUAGAGUUCCCACAAGAUGGCUCGGAGACAUUUACUUAUCAAUGGAAACAGACCAUCACAUUUAAGGAAUGUGUUCAUGACACCACUGCUCCAACAGUCCCUGCAAUACAGCAGCUUUCAGUUGAUAGAGUUUUUGUACUGUACAACAGAGAUGAGAAAAUUCUCCGAUAUGCUUCCAGUAACUCUAUUGGGCCAAUAACUGACAGCCCUGUAGAUACAAAUCGGAACCCAUGCUAUGUAGGUACACAUGUCUGUGACACAAACGCUGUUUGCCGCCCAGCACAAGGAAACCAAUACACAUGUGAAUGUACUUCAGGUUUCCGUGGAGAUGGGAGGACAUGUUAUGACAUCGAUGAAUGUCAGGAGCAACAAGACAUAUGUGGGGAUAAUGCCAUAUGUAACAACCAGCCCGGAACAUUUAGAUGUGAAUGUAAUGACGGAUAUCAAUUUUUGGAAGAUGGAAGGACAUGUGCAGCUGUGGAUCGCCCUACAAACCACUGCUUAACUGGAACACACAACUGUGAUAUUGCAGACCGUGCUCGUUGUAUAUACACUGGAGGCUCUUCAUACAUAUGUGCUUGUUUAUCCGGAUAUUCUGGAGAUGGACGUGCAUGUGAAGAUGUUGAUGAAUGUGAAACCAGUCAAUGCCAUCCAGAUGCUGUGUGCUAUAACACUCCAGGGUCAUUUUCAUGUCAUUGUAAUCCUGGAUACCGUGGAAAUGGUUUCCAGUGCUUCCCAGGAGAACCAGAAAAGACAGCAUGCCAGCUCCAUCUAGAUAGUAUUCUUGGCUCACCCUCUGUCAGAGGUGCAAGGCCAGUUGGUCAGUAUAUUCCACAGUGUGAUGAAAGUGGUAACUACAUUCCAAGGCAAUGCCAUUCUGGCAGUGGAUAUUGCUGGUGUGUGGACAGAUUUGGUAAUGAACUACCUGGUACAAGAACAGGUCCUGGACUUAGUCCACCAUGUCUUGGUAUAGUUACUCAUCCUCCUCCUACUGUUGGGCCCCCUGUGAGACCAGAUGUUGUUCCUCUGCCACCGGGAACACAUUUGCUGUUUGCACAGAGUGGGAAGAUUGAGCAUAUCCCGCUAGAGGGAAACAACAUGAAGAAAACUGAUGCCAAAACCUUACUUCAUAUCCCAGAUAAAGUUAUAAUUGGUGUAGCCUUUGACUGUGUGGACAAGACUGUAUACUGGACGGAUAUCACUGGACCUUCUAUUAGUAGAGCCAGCAUAAAUGGCGGGGAACCAACUGCAAUUAUUAAAACAGAGUUAGGAAGCCCUGAAGGAAUAGCAGUUGACCAUCUGGGUCGUAACAUUUUUUGGACUGAUUCUCUAUUGAAUACAAUUGAAGUAGCCAAGAUGGAUGGAAGUAAUCGUCGAGUAUUAUUUGAUACUGAUCUAGAGAACCCCAGAGGAAUAGUAGCUGAUGCACCAAAAGGAAAUCUCUACUGGACUGACUGGAACAGAGCUGCCCCAAAGAUUGAGACAUCUUAUAUGGAUGGAACCAACAGAAGAAUUCUUGUUAAAGAUGAUCUUGGUCUUCCAAAUGGACUUACCAUUGACCCAUAUUCAUCAAUGCUUUGUUGGAUUGACGCAGGAACUAAAAGAAUGGAAUGCAUGAAUCCCAGUCAGCCUGCACGCCGAAAAAUUGUGGAAGGCAUUCAGUAUCCGUUUGGUAUAACAAGUUAUGGAAAGAACUUAUUCUAUACAGACUGGAAGAGAGAUGCCAUUGUAGCGAUCGAUCGCACCAUUUCCAAGGAGAGUGACAGCUACCAGCCUCCCAAACGAUCCCGUCUGUAUGGAAUUACUACUGCUUAUUCCCAGUGUCCUCAAGGUCAGAAUUACUGUGCGGUAAACAAUGGAGGCUGCACACACCUUUGCUUGGCAACUCCUGGAGGUCGAUCCUGCCUCUGCCCUGAAAACAGCAUCGGAGUGGAUUGCUUAGAUAGAAAUUAGGAGUUUCAUAGAUCCAAUAAAAUCAGUGGCAUGGAUUUAAAAAGUGUUGCACCGAUAAAUCCUUGAGACAUUUACCAAUACAGAGAGAAACUUGCACUCAGCUGUUUGCAACCACUGGUGAUUGUGUAACACUUCUUCAUAGUUUGAUACAGAAGAUUUAGGCCACUGAAAGAGUUUUAUAAAUAAAGCUAGAACAAGCCAAGUACACAUAAAGGGAAAACACAUGCAGUAUAUAUUUAAACUAACAAAGGGCAGUUUGAGAUUACUACACUGAUUUCUACAGCGGUUUUAACUGCAGUAAAGUGAAUUCACCGUAAGGGCAACUUGGCAAGCAUGUUGCAUUUAAUAUCAUGAAUUGCUGGUAAGAAAACUCACUCAAAGUUGUGCAUUAUGCUGAAAUACUAAGAUUAUUUUGUGGAGCAGAAUGAUUGUGUAACAGGGUUACUGCAUGGGUCCAACAGUUCAGAAAUACACAGCCUUUUCAGCACACUCAAACCUGUCAAAUGAGCCUUUUUGCAAGUAUAGUGAAUAUACAUGGAGUUUUAUUUGCCUGUAAUUAUGUCAAAAACAUAACAUUUAUUCUUUCUUUAUUGUAAGCACAUAAGCAUUUUAGGGAUCCACAUUGGUCAACGAGGCCCAUAAAAACAUAAUUUUACUACAGUCUCCUUUCUUUGAGUGCAUAUAAAUGUCUUGUUAUGUAUUCUGUCUUGGAGGAUAAUCCAUACUAUACAAGGAAAUAAGUUUCUUAAAAAAAAGUAUUUAUAAUAUAAAUAAAUCUUUAACAAUACCACUAUUACUAAUAAAUAAUAGUAUUGUCACCUAUUAUUACCCUGUUUUUGACACCUCCUUGCAGUUAUCCAAGUUUAAAAAGUCACUUUCAUUGUCAAUAGUUUUUUUUUUUUUUUUUUUUUUUAAAAGACACUUUGAAUAAGAUUACUAUAAAAGCUUGACUUCACCAGAUCAGUCCUAUAACGCUGUCCACACACCCUUGUCACUGCAUAACAUCACUAUGUAGGCCAUGUAAUUUCUUUUGUUGCAUAAAAAGAACAAUACUUACUCCAGCUCUGCCCACCUACAGUACCUAAGCAAAGACAGUAAGUACUAAAUGUAGGCUUACACUGUGGCAUCAAGGCAUCAAUUUAGAGCAGAUCAAAGUGGGUAAUCUAGAGGCAUCCCAGCAACUCCAUAUUUUCCCUGUUUAUUAACAUUUACCUGACAAAUUGUUUUAAUGAACUGACAUAUUUAUCUAUUAAGCUAUGUGAGCUUGAGCUGUCAAGUCCCAUUCUGCUCAGUGGGGUGUUAGAGCUCAGCACUGCUAACACACUUCUGAAAUUUUAAAUGCAAAUUGCAAUGGGGCAUUAAGAAUUCAGAUUAUGUUUUUUUGUUAUUAAGGCAAAUGGUGCUAGACAAAUCGUUAAAUCUGAGAGGCCAAAUAGUUUGUUUUUUUUGGGAGGGGGUUCAGUAAUUAUCUGAAGUAACUGCUUAGCAAAAAAUAUUGAUAUUGAACAUUGAUACUAUGGUACCAUCAACAUUGGAGCCAAAUCAAACUGAGACUGCAAUGACUGGCUCAACAAGUUCACAGCACUGAUAUGGCUAGGGGAAGCAUUUGAAGUUUGUUAUUUUAAGGCAUUAAAUAACUACUGACAUAAAUUCUGUUUAAAUACUACAUAAGUAAGUAUGUGGUGGGGUUAAAAGGUAGAAUUCAAUCACAUCAGGUUAUCAAAUAAAAAUAUUUUCAUUUUAUAAUUCUUUUGGAAAGAUCUAAAGGAAGACAAAAAUGGAAGCUGUAUACAAUGUACUUAUGUGGCUGUCAAGUUAGGGUGAUCGAUAAGGGUAAAUGUCUGCUUGCUCUCCUGGACCCUCACUGGGACCCAGCCCGAAGACUAAUUAGGGGAGGAUUUGAUGAGUCACUUAUUUUGCUAUCCAAGAUGAUAAAAAUGGCUAUAUAAACGGCCUUUUUACUAAGAUCUUUGUAAAACUCUGUAUUUUAGUUUCAAAAAUGAAUUUAGAUUUUCUUGAAAGGUAAAGCAUGUCAGAAGCAGAACAAACUAUUUAUCACAAAAUCAUCAUUAUAGAAACUUGUUUUGUGUAGCAUUUUAUAGCUUUUCAUCCAGUGUUUUUUUUUUUCUUUUUCGUUGUUUAAAAUACUUGUAAAUGACUGAAAAUGCCAUGGUGCUGAAAUAUUUUUUACAAAACUAUUAAUAGUUUUUAGACUGUACAGAAACCACUGUCUUAAGCAAUGAUGGUCUUAAAAAUAAAUCACUUCUAUGCCAAAUGA